CCCCAAACCUCAGCACACCCCGUCCCCUACAGGUGCCGCUUUACUUCCUUCCACAGAGCGUAUAACCAGCUGCCCUGCUCUCUACGAUGGUUGCUGCCCGCCGUUUGGUGAGUGUCCUCGUGGUGCUGGUGGCUGCAGUGUGUGCGGUUCAUGCACAGGAGCGGAUCAAGAUGUGUGGGAGAGACCUCAUCCGCCUGGCCGUGUCAUACUGUGGGAACCCAAGGAACCGGAGGAGCCUCCCCGAUGCAGAGCUGGACCAACACGAGGCUCUCUGGAGCCAAGACUCCUCCAGCGUGGAGCAGCAGACUCCAGAGGUUCUCCAUCUUCGGUCUGAUGAGGAGAAGCCCCCCCCCAGUGUGGUUCCCCGCUGGUUCUCUCGAUCCUUCCGGAUAAGACGAGCUGCUAAAAAAGUGUCUGAUAUUUGCUGUGAGGAGGGAUGCAGCAUGAAGGAGCUGAUUCAGUUCUGUUAACAGUCUGAACUGUGAGAAUGCUGGGAUGUUCUUUUUCUGAGAAAUCAUCUCUCAAAAACCUUCAAAUAGUAAUUAUCAUGAUUUUUUUUUAAUCUUCUGUUUCCAUGCAGUAGAAGAGAUACACACCAAAUGUGACCAGAUUUCAUUCAGAGUUCAAACUAAGAAUAUGUUGUGUGGACAAAUGUUGGCUUUGAUUCCUUGAUUCAUGAUUUUCCAAUGAAAUGUAAUAAACUUUGAUGAUUACAAAGGCAA